CUGGGUUCCGGAGAAGUAUGCGCCUGUGCCGUAGGAAAUGCAACUACAGUCACCUGGCGUGUCGGACACAUUGCCUCAACAGUUGCUACAGUGCUAUGGCAGCACCUUAUGAAGAGGUGGUGAGAUAUCAAAGGCAGCCAGGUGAUCGAAACAGAUUAAUUGUACUAAUAGGUCCUUCAGGUGUUGGAGUGAAUGAACUACGGAAACAGCUUAUUGGUAUUAAUCCUCACCUGUUCCGAAAUGCAGUGCCACAUACAACCCGUGCUCAAAAGAGCUAUGAAGAGAAUGGUCGGGAAUAUCAUUAUGUACCAAAGGAAACAUUUGAAAAUAUGGUGUACAAUUACAGCAUUACAAAUGGACAUUAUAUAUUUCUUGUUUAUGAAAGUCUUAAGGAUUUUGCUACAUUUCUUAUUCUUUAUUUUGCAUCUCUAUCUCUCACUUCAGAAGAAGAAGAAUUCAUUGGAUCUGUUCAGCCGGUGUUCAUUCAUCAACACAGAACCGUUACACUUCAUAGACAACCAGUUGGUGGCUUGGGCUUAAGUAUAAAGGGUGGUGCCGAGCACAAAGUGCCUGUUGUUAUAUCAAAAAUACUUAAAGACCAAGCAGCAGACCAGUCAGGAAUGCUGUUUAUUGGAGAUGCCGUAAUACAGGUUAACGGCAUAAGUGUAGAAGGCUCUACCCAUGAAGAAGUGGUGCAACUACUGCGAAAUGCUGGCGAUGAAGUUGCCAUCACCGUUCAAUACCUCAGGGAAGUACCGUCAUUUCUAAAGCUCCCAUUGGGCACCAUCAUCACCUUCUUCACCCACAGCUAAUGAACCAAAAUAUGAGAAGCGUUGGCUGGAUACGUUAUCAGUUCCUCUAUCAAUGGCUCGAAUUUCGAGAUACAAAGCUGGAACAAAUAAAUUAAGAUGAAGAUGGCAAACAAAUGCUGUUCUGCCUCGGACCAGGUGAUACAUAUGGGGUGGGUGAAUGAGAGGCUCCAGGGAGAAGAUUCCCCCCAGCUGUACACAUUCAAGUUCCUGGCACUGAAAGGCUCAUCGUUCUAUAUUUUCAGCACGCCUCCGCUCUGGCUCAAUAAUGACUGUUGGCUGCAAGCAAAUUUAUAUUUGGGGAUUCACCAAGACUACGAGCUUGAAGACCAGCGGCCGUAUUGUUUCAGUGUGGUGGUUGGACAUGGCAAGAGCCAUUACUUCAAUGUGGAGCAAGGGAGUGAGCUGGCGAUAUGGGAGAAGUCAUUCCAAAGAGCAAUCUUUUUGGAAGUCCAGAGAACAGGGUCUAAAACCUUUAUGUGUUCCUGGCAAGGAGAAAGUCUGUGUUUCACCUUAGAUUUUGCUGUGGGAUUCACAUGUUUUGACAAUAAAACAAAGAAGAUUCUCUGGAGAUUUAAAUUCUCUCAGCUCAAGGGGUCAUCAGACGAUGGAAAAACUCGAGUUAAACUGCUUUUUCAGAACAUUGAAACAAAACAGAUUGAGACAAAGGAACUGGAAUUUCAGGAUUUGACAGCAGUUUUAAACUGCAUCCAUUCAUUUAUAGCUGCUAAAGUUGCAUCGGUGGAUCCAACAUUUAUAGACAGCCAAUUCAUUGCAAGGAAAUAUACUUACAGUAAUUAA